AUGGCCCCAACCAGAUAUGCGGUAGUAGGCACUGGGGGACGCGCUGCCUUCUUCUACAGUGCGAUCGUUACGGACUUCAAAGACACAGCAGAACUCGUCGCAUUUUGUGACACCAACCAAACUCGGAUGGAUGUCGCCAAUAGCCGCGUUCAAGAGUUGGGUUUAUCACCAUUACCGACAUUCCGAGCGGUGGACUUCGAUCGAAUGAUUGAGGAAACCAAGCCCGACACAGUCAUCAUCACGACGAUUGAUCGCGUGCAUCACCGCUAUAUUAUCCGGGCCAUGGAACUGGGUUGCAACGUUCUCAGUGAAAAACCGAUGACCGUGGAUGAGAUCAAAUGCCAGAUGAUCCUUGACGCGGUCAAAACCACGAAUCGGCAACUCCGCGUUACCUUCAAUUAUCGGUAUGCGCCGCAUAAUACCAAAGUCCGGGAGAUGUUGAUGGACGAUGUGAUUGGAAAAAUCACCUCGGUGCAUUUUGAAUGGCUCCUCAACACCCAGCACGGGGCGGAUUACUUCCGCCGCUGGCACCGCGACAAACGCAACAGCGGGGGACUUCUCGUCCAUAAAUCGACCCAUCAUUUCGAUCUAGUCAACUUCUGGCUAGGCAGUCAUCCUCAGACUGUUUUUGCACAAGGUGAUCUACAGUUCUAUGGCAAAGAAAAUGCCGAGAUUCGCGGAGAGACGAAUUUCUAUUCCCGUGCUCAUGGGAGUCCUGCCGCAGCCAAUGACCCAUUUGCGCUCCAUAUGGAAGACCAUCCUCAACUCAAGGCCAUGUAUCUGGAUGCCGAACACGAAGAUGGAUAUUACCGAGACCAAAGUGUGUUCGGGGACGGAAUCAACAUCGAAGACACGAUGGGUGUCUUGGUCCGCUAUCAAUCUGGUGCGAUCCUGACCUACAGCCUCGUCGCCUACUGUCCCUGGGAAGGGUUCCGCGUCUGUUUCAACGGUACCAAGGGCCGAUUGGAGAUGGACGUGCUCGAGCAAUCCUACGUCAACUCAGGCGGAGACCAGAGUCAGGAGGGUGCCGUGGCUCACACGAAGAUCACGGUGCAUCCGAUGUUCGCGCCACCCUAUGAGGUCGCCAUUAUGGAGGGCGAAGGCGGUCAUGGCGGCGGGGAUCCUGUCCUACUCAAUGAUUUGUUUGGCACUCCUGCAUCGGACAGGCUGCAUCGCGCUGCAUCGCAUGUAGAUGGGGCGAUGUCAAUCCUGACGGGCAUUGCAGCGAACAAGGCCAUGCGGACUGGGCAGGUAGUUCAGGUAAAGGACUUGGUACAAUUUUAG